AUAUAUAUGUGAGCCAUGGCAGCUGUUCAGAUACAAAAUAUGCCAGCCGCUACAAAUAAAUGGAUUAAAUACAACAACAAUCACACACACAAACAGUCGACRACGACGACGACGACGCAACUGUGCUGUCAGCUGUCGCUGUUGCUGCCGCUGAUUGCACUCAGCGCAUUGCCGCACGCCAGCAGCAACAGCAUUAAUAGCAGCGGCAGCAGCAGCAGCAAUGCAAACAAAAACAACAACGACAACAUUGAAACAUUUGGCGUGCGCAAAGCUCCGUUGGAACUGGAACUGGAGCAGGAGGAGGCCAAUGGCAAUUCGCUGAACAUGAUACAGCGCAACUACAUGAUCAUGCACCCAGCGGGCGCCGCGUCGGCGCACAGCGAUGCUGGCAUCGAUCACAGCCGGUCGCUGAAGCGUGCCUCGUUAACCAACUCGAGCAUCACCUGCAACGAUGGCACCCACGCGGGCUUCUAUCUGCGCAAGCAGCCCAACUCCAAGAAAUGGAUCGUGUUUCUCGAGGGCGGCUGGCACUGCUUCGACAAUCGUUCGUGCCGUGCGCGUUGGCUGCGUCUACGCCAUCUGAUGACCUCCUCCCAGUGGCCAGAGACAAGAGAUGCUGGUGGCAUUCUGUCUCCGCAUGCCGAGGAGAACCCCUACUGGCACAAUGCCAACCAUGUGCUGGUGCCCUACUGCAGCAGCGACUCCUGGUCGGGCACGCGCAUCGAGCCGGACACACGAGAUCGCGAUAACACCUGGCGCUUCAUGGGCGCUCUGAUACUGCGCCAGGUGAUUGCCGACCUGAUACCCUUGGGUCUGGGCCGUGUGCCCGGCGGCGAGCUGCUGCUGGUGGGCUCCUCUGCAGGUGGACUCGGCGUCAUGCUCAACCUGGAUCGCGUGCGCGACUUUCUGGUCAACGAGCGCAAGCUGCAGGUGACAGUGCGAGGCGUCAGCGAUUCGGGUUGGUUUCUAGAUCGUGAGCCAUAUACACCAUCGGCUGUGGCCUCCAGCGAGGCAGUACGUCUGGGCUGGAAGCUGUGGCAGGGCUUGUUGCCCGAGGACUGCACCAAGGCGCAUCCCACAGAACCUUGGCGCUGCUACUUCGGCUAUCGCCUGUAUCCCACACUGAAAACUCCACUCUUUGUGUUCCAGUGGCUCUUCGAUGAGGCGCAAAUGCGCGCCGACAAUGUGGGCGCGCCCGUCACGCCCCAGCAAUGGAACUACAUACACGAGAUGGGCGGCGCACUGCGCUCCUCGCUGGACAAUGUGAGCGCCGUGUUCGCGCCCAGCUGCAUUGGCCAUGCGGUGCUGCUGAAGCGCGACUGGGUCAACAUCAAGAUCGACGACAUCUCGCUGCCCUCGGCGCUGCGCUGCUGGGAGCACUCGACGCGGCCGCGACGCAAGCGACACGACAAGCUGAAGCGCAGCACGGAGGCUACGACAACGGCGCUGCAGCAGCAGCAGCAUCAGCAGCGACAUCCGAAUGCGAACAACCAAAGACAUCAACGCCAUCGCCAGCGGGCACAGAAGCUGAACAAUGUGGCUCAGGCGCAGCCAGCGCCGCAGCGCAAAAGGAAUCACCUGAGCAAAGAGCAGCGCGAGGAGCGCAAGCGUCGCCGUCAAGAGCGACAGCGACGUAAGCAGCGACGUCGCCAGCAGCAGCUGCAGCGCAAGCGCGAGAACGAAGCAGCGGCCAGCAACAGCAGCAAUAAAAACAACAACAAGCAGCGUCGCCGUCCACAGCUGACCGCUGAGCAGCAGCUGCAGCGCAAGCAGCAGCGCCAGCAACGACGCAAGCAGCAACAGCAGCUGCAGCAGGAGCAGCCGAGCGAGCCGCAGAAGCGACGAGCUUCCAACAGCGCCACCAAGCUGAAGCCGCGACAGCGUGUGCCGCGCGUGCCCGAGAAGUGUGGACUGCGGCUGCUGGAGCGUUGCAGCUGGCCGCAGUGCAACCACUCGUGCCCCACGCUCACGAAUCCGCUGACCGGCGAGGAGAUGCGCUUCCUCGAACUGCUCACCUCCUUCGGUCUGGACAUCGAAGCCGUGGCCGCAGCACUCGGCGUCGAUAUGCACACGCUGAACAACAUGGAACGAACGGAGCUGGUGAAUCUGCUCACGCAGCAGGUGAGCUGAAGGAGCAGCGUCAUUAGGUUUUACUGCAUAGAUACCCUGUAAAUAGUCGGCCUGUAUAUAGAUAUAGCCAUAGACUGUAUAGC